UCUGUUCUCAAGGAAACAUGCGAAUAGUUUUUUUUUGGUAUAUAAACUCAGAUGAGAUGUCGUGGCGUUGUCAUUCGAUUAGGGUUACGACGCACGACGACUUGAAACUUUACGCAAUGGCAUUCAAAUUCAUCCCAAUGUUUGCCUUAUUGGCGGCUGUAUCAGCACAGUUCCAUUCAGGAUUCCAUUCUCAGUCUCCGAUUUAUCAUCAGCAACCUCUGGCGAAAGGAUUUGUUCAGCCUGCAGCUUUGAAAACCCUAGCCCAACCAGAAUACCUGAAAACCGUUGUUGCUCAGCCAACUUACGUGAAACCAGUAGUUCAGCCAACAUAUGUGAAAACCGUUGCCCAGCCCGCUUAUGUUAAGCAAGUUGAAGAAUACGCUCCACCUCACUACGAAUUUUCCUACUCGGUGCACGAUGAGCAUACCGGGGACAUCAAGAGCCAGCAUGAGUCGCGCCACGAAGAUAAGGUGCAAGGACAGUACACCCUUCUGGAUGCCGAUGGCCACCACCGUGUCGUUGACUAUACUGCCGAUGACCAUAACGGAUUCAAUGCUGUUGUACGCCGAGAGCCGACUGGAGUGAAGGUCGCACAGCCUGUGGCCAAGGUGCUGGCACAGCCGGCUUACUACCCAAGCCAUUACUGAUCAUAAAAGGAAACAAACCGCCGCCAUUCAAUUAGUCAUCCGAUCAUCACAUCCUCUAGUGUAGGUAGUUGAAUUAUUUGAAAAUACAAUUUGUUAAAAGUGA